AUCAGUUGCCUCGAUAUACGCGACAAGUCUGGACGGUCUCUUAUUCGUUAGUCAAAUACGAAGCGACAACAGUGCGAUUUGUUAACAAAAAAAAAUAUAUAAAAAGAGAGAAAAGCCAAAUGAAAUGGAAAAUUCAUAUCUCCUAAGAGCAAUGGAAAAAUAUUUGUGAAAAAAAAAAAUAUUUUUGAAAAUCUUUUAUUUUUACGUAAUUAAUUUAGACUUUUACAUCUGGAAACUAAAGCCAUGAUUUUUUGUUAAUACGAAAAAAAUAUGAAUAAUUCGUCACGACAAUGUCAUCUAACAUAAUUUGGUUCUAUUUGUGUCUGCUAUUAAUUUUCAAUGUUAUAUAUAUAACACAUGAGUUGGGAGAAACGAGAACGACAGUGAAAGUGGGUGCCCUUUUCUUCAGCGGCGAAGAUGCCCAAGAAUUGGCCUUUGACGAAGCCAUUCGCCAAUUGAAUAAUCAAAAAUUAUUCGAACUACAAUUCGAAACAAUUAAACGAUAUGUCCCAAAUGACGAUGAUAGCUAUGUGCUGCAGCAAUUAACCUGUGAAUUAUUGGCCGAGGAGGUAAUUGCUUUAUUUGGACCAUCAUCAAAGACCACUUCUGAUAUUGUGGCUUUAAUUGCCAAUAAUGCUGGCAUACCUCAUAUACAAUAUGAUUGGAAUAUCGAAAUCGAUUUGGAGCAACGUAAACUCAAUCAUCAAAUGUCUGUUAGUGUAGCACCUUCAUUACAGACCAUGUCGCGCGCUUAUAUGGAUAUUAUACGUAAAGAUUUUAAAUGGAAAAAAUUUAUGCUGCUCUAUGAGACGCCACAAGGCCUAGCUCGCAUACAGGACCUUAUGAACUUGGCUACGGUAGAAAGAGAUUUUAUUAAAAUACGAAAUAUAGCCGAUUAUCAAGAUGAUGUACGUGUGCUAUGGAAGGAAGUCGAAGAAGAUUUUCAUGAACAACGACUUAUAAUGGAUUGUGAACCGGCAUCGUUGGUGCCUCUUUUGAAUCAGGCCAAGGAAUUUAGGCUAUUGGGGCCAUUUAGGAAUUGGUUUUUAACCAAUUUGGAUACCCAUAGCUCAGGUUUGCAAAUGGCCAAUAAUCCAGAUUUCACUUCCAACAUAACCUCGGUACGACUAAAAGUGGUGAAUCCCAAUCCCUUUGAGAGGAAAAAGACUAGAAUAACGGAAAUUGAUCAAAUUUUGGGUAAUCAAACCAUGUUACCCAUCUUAAUGUUUGAUGCUGUCAUACUUUUUGCCAAUGCUGCUCGCAAUAUAAUAGCCUCAGAUCGUGAGUAUAUAGCCCCUAGUGGCAGAUGUGAUGCAGAGGAUUCGUUUCCUUGGGUCUUAGGCAAAUAUAUAGUGGGAGAAAUGAAAACGAUAUCCGAAGAUGAUGUGGAGCCACCCUUCAAAACGGAAAACAUGAAAAUCGAUGAAUAUGGCCUAAGAUCCGAUUUCAAUUUGGAAAUCUAUAAGCCUACCAUCAAUGAACCUUUAGCCAGCUGGAGUCCCGAUGGUGAGAUACUAUCGGCAAAACGUGAUCCCAUCGGUACAACAUCAUCUGCAGCUGCUGCUGCUGUGCAGGAUUUUGCCCAGACUACCAGGACUUUUAAAGUUGUCACCCAUAUUGAAGAGCCUUAUUUUAUGUUGAAACCAGAUGCCGAAAAUUUACGUGGUGAUGAUAAAUAUCAUGGUUAUGCCGUUGAUUUGAUACAAAAACUUUCCGAAAUGAUGGAAUUCGAUUAUGAAUUUGUUAUAGUCAAAACUAAUGGAAAAUUUAAUCCGGUAACCAAGGAAUGGGAUGGCAUUAUGAGAGCCUUGAUAGAUCAUCGCGCCCAAAUUGGUAUUUGUGAUUUGACCAUCACUCAGCUGCGUCGUAAAUAUGUGGACUUCACCGUGCCUUUUAUGCAAUUGGGCAUUAGUAUUUUGUAUUAUAAACCCGAACCGGAGGUCAAGGAUAUGUUUGCCUUCUUGCAACCUUUUGCCAAUGAAGUUUGGAUGUAUGUCAUUUUGACGCAGUUGGUGAUGACAUUGGCUUUUGUUUUUAUGGCCAGAAUAUCCCAACAUGAAUGGUCGAAUCCCAAUCCUUUGGAAGAAGACCCCUCAGAACUGGAAAAUGUUUGGAGAACACGUAAUGCGGGCUGGCUAAUGAUUGGUUCAAUUAUGCAGCAAGGUUGUGAUAUAUUGCCAAGGGGUGCUCCCAUGCGCAUACUCACCGGCAUGUGGUGGUUUUUCUCUUUGAUGAUGUUGAAUUCCUAUACCGCCAAUUUGGCUGCCGUCUUGACCAGUAACAAAGUUAAACCCUCCAUAGAGAGCCUGGAUGAUCUUAUCGGACAGAAUGAAAUAAAAUUUGGCACUUUGGAGGGGGGCAGUACCUCCCUGUUCUUUUCCGAGUCUAAUGAAACCAAUUACCAUAAGGCUUGGAAUCAAAUGAAGUCUUUUGAACCUUCGGCCUUUACCAAGUCCAAUAAGGAGGGUGUGGAUCGGGUCAUCAAAGGUGAAGGCAACUAUGCCUUUCUCAUGGAGACCACAAGUUUGACCUACAACACUGAGCGUCAUUGUGAAUUGCAACAGAUUGGUGAACAAAUUGGUGAGAAACAUUAUGGCUUGGCGGUACCUUUGGGUUCGGACUAUCGCACUAAUUUGAGUGUGUCCAUUCUGAAACUGAGCGAAACUAAUGUGCUGUACGAGAUGAGGGAUAGAUGGUGGAAGCGGCACAAUGUUUCCUGCGGAGAUGAUGAGGCAGAUGUUGUAGUGGAUGGCGAUGAAUUGUCGCUGAUGGAGUUGGGUGGUGUAUUUUUGGUGUUGGUGGGAGGCAUACUGGCGGCCAUUAUCAUAGGACUAAUAGAGUUUUUAUGGAAUGUUCAACAGGUGGCUGUUACCGAAAAGGUCACUCCUGGAGAAGCUUUUAAGGCAGAACUUAUAUUUGCCUUGAAAUUUUGGAUAACCAAGAAACCCAAUCGCAUUUCCACCAUUACCACCAACAAUGGUGAUAAUGCCUCUCGUGUUUCACGCUCUACAUCUCGUCGCUCUUCCUCACAGUCCAAACAAUCAAAACAAUCGAAACAGUCUAAACAAUCUAAGCAUUCGAAACAUUCAAAAUUAUCGAAACGCUCAAAACGCUCUAAGCGUUCUCGUUCACGUUCACGUUCGCACAGCAAAAGUCGCAGCAAGAAAUAUUCCACCGAAUGUUAAGGCUUAAUCUGAGAUAAUCAAGCUUUGGCAGUUGAAAGUUGGUUUAAAUUUUUCUAAUAUUUGAAGUUUUGAUGAUUUUUA